UUGAGCAGAAAAAAGGAGGUUGAGUGAAAAGAAUUGUAGCUAGCAUCGUUAGCAGUUUCUGCACAGAGGUACUACAUGGACAGCUAAUUGUGUUUAUAUAUAUAUAGCAACCAAACAUUUUAUCAUACGUUUUCCUGUGACACAACGAUAAGUGGAUUUUCUCACAGAGUCGGAAGCUUUCCAUGUCCUCAGCUCUGAAGAUGGAGGACCAUGUUCACUGUAUGUCCUGUGUUAACCAGAGAUGCAUGGUCAGACCCCAGUCAGGCAUUUCAUGUGAUCUUAUCACUUGUCCUCUGGUGUGUGGUGCUGUAUUUCACUCCUGCAAAGUUGAUGAGCACCACCUGAUGUGCCCGCUGAUGAGGGUCCCCUGUCUUAAUAGUGGCUAUGGCUGCCCUGCCACUCUGCUGCGCAGCCAGAUGUAUGCACACCUCGAAGUGUGUCCAGCUGGAGCGGUGUGCUGCACCAUGGAGUGGAACAGAUGGCCAAUUAGCUGCCUGGACUAUACUUCCUAUGAGAGCCUGAGCCGUGGUGUGGAGGAGGCAGAGCAGCUGGACAUGGCACUUGCCCUUCAGGACCAGCGUACACUACUGGAGUCCCUCAAGGUGAUUGCGAUGGCACCUACUGCAGAGGGAGAGUCACUUGUACAUGUUAAUAAGGAGAACAGGGCAACAGACGCAGCUUUGCUUACAUCUACCCCUGAGGCCCCCACCUAUAUUGAGUCCCCUUCACAGUCAUCAUCCUCACAUCAGCCACAACCUCCCCCACCAGGUUCAGCAAAGGAGAAAAUUAUCAGUGGCAUUAAUGGCUUGAAUGAGGAGCACUUCAGUAAACUCUAUGAUGCCACAGUUGAGACUGCAAGAAGCUUAGCUGCUGCUUUAGAAUUUGUUAGCAGUGCCAAGUCUGUUGACAGCAGCACAGAGUGUGUAAACAGAGAUGCUGCCAUGCAGAAGAGUAGAUUAGGCAACAGUGGAGACCUUCAGAAUGGACUAGAAGACAAAACACCUGCAGCUACUGAUGGUUUGAAUAAGAAAGAGAUGGAGGAGCAGAGUGUUUGUUCUAGCUGUUUGCGAGGAAAUGGGGCUCUGAAAGGGACAGAUCCAAGGAUUUUAAACACAACAGACGGACCACUGUCAGGAGCAAUGGAGGCCAGUGUGGAGACAGCCUGUCCUGUUGAGGUGGAACAUGACAGGAAUGCUGGAGUUGUCCAGGAGCCAGUCACCCCUUCAAUGGCAUCUCCAGUGCAUGUCAGCCAGGGUGUGGCACAGAGGGCUGGUCAUGUGGUCCUGGAAGACAGGGGGCUAGUUCUUUUAGAAAGACAUGGGCCUGAGCAUAAGUUCCACAACUACCAGUUUUUUAGGGGCCAGGGCCAAUGGUCAUUACCUAAUGGACGGAUAGGUUUCAUCCCAGACAGGUCACUAUAUAGAUUGCGACCCAAAAUGGAGGACAAGGCAGUGGAUACCUCAGACCUGGAGCAGGAUGAGGACCCCAUGGGUCUGGGAGAUAUUGAUCUGAUAACAGCAGCCCUCCUCUUCUGUUUAGAGGAGUCCAGAGAGUGCAGAAGGAUCUCUGAUACAGUCUAUGUUGAUGGCUACCGUGUUGACUUUGGCACACAGACUUUCACAUUCCCUGCAGCUAUUUUGGUAACCAACACUAGAGUGGGCGACAUGGCCUCUGCAUCUGCCUGUGACCAUGCUGCCCCCCAGCUCUCCUACCCUAGCCCUUUCCGCACUCUACGCCUCGGCCUUGUCCUGGAGGCUCUGGAGGUGGAGGCGGUCCCACAUAAUCGCUACCUCCCUCCUAACCCCCGCUACCAGCACAUGUUCCCUUUCAUCUGUGGUCAGUCAUUCCGCCGGGACCACUUUUCCUCCCAUUUCACAAAUGUCCAUGGUGACAUUCACGCUGGUCUCAAUGGGUGGAUGGAGCGACGCUGCCCCCUGGCAUAUUAUGGCUGCACGUUUUCGCAGCGGAGGUUUUACCCAUCCACCCAUGGGGCCAAGGUGAUUCAUGACAGGCAUCUCAGGUCCUUUGGGGUUCAGCCAUGCCCAAAGGCAGAACUUCCUAGUGACUGCCAGUCUGACCAAUUCAGUGGACUUCCCAUUGAGAUACUGUGGCACAUAGCUGGGUUCCUGGAUAGUUUCAGCCUGUGCCAGCUGUCAUUGGUGUCACGGACUAUGAGGGAGGUGUGUGCCAGCCUCCUCCAGACCAGGGGCAUAGUGGAGGUGCAGUGGGAGCGGAGACAGUGUCCUGGUGCUCCUGGCACUGUGUCAUGGCAUAUCAAAAAUAGAGUGUGGAGAUUCAGCACUGCGUUCAGCCCAGUGUUGUCGUGGGGGUUCAAUGAUCUCCCCAGCAUGUCGGACCAUCUUAAGAAGUGCCACUACAACACAGUGGAGCACAAGACCGAGCCUGUGCCCCUUCCUGCCAUGUGCACUGCGCGAGAUGGACACUCGCUGCGUCGCGUCCUGCGUCACGUUAACACCUGACUGAACGAGGCGGACCUCUCAUAGCUGCACGCGAUUCACUGUGGUGUUAUGAGGAUGUUGCAAUUAAAGAUUUUCUGUCUUGAAACCAGUUAACUCUUCCUGUAUUAAACUAGAUUAUGAAGAAGCCUUAAUGAAAUAACUUGCUUGCCGCAGUGAAAGUCUGUUGUUGUGGGUGUCUCUAUGUGGAGAAAAAUGUAUUUAGCAUUUAGCUUUGCAUGGAUUUGUGCUGGAAAUGCGCCCAUAAUCUGGUAAGAUAAAGUAUAUUUUCUUGAAGAAAAAUAUGUACAAUAGAUUUAUAUUAUUCUAUAUGAUACACUGAGAAAGUGGAAUUUAAGUGUCACUAUCUUGCCUUUCAGUAGUAGCCAUUGGGGAUAAAGCAGAUUGUUGGUUAUAUUGCACUAUUUCUGUGUGACAGAAUUUAUGCCAGCACUUUACACAAGAUUUGCUAACCCCUCCUUUGUUGACACGUGACCCUAAAUGAUAUCCAGUCUUUCUGAUUCCCAUGGAGUAUGUCAACCCAAUGUUGUAUGGGUUUGUAGGAUGUCAGGAUGUGAGUCAAAACAUAUGGAUAUUAAUUUGUGCAUAGCCUGAUAAUGCAUGUAAUUUGCUACCAUUUAAUAAAGUCUUUACAGCAUUUUA